GAAUCAAUUCAGAUAUUAUUACUAACCAUUGAUGAAUAGGUCGACAAUUAUUAAUCAUUGAAUCAUUAUUUGUCUGUUAUUUUGUUGUCUUUGUAUGCGUUAUAUAUUCGGGAAAAUAGUCAAUCAUUCAGCUAUAAUUGAAUUAUGGGCUCAUUGGCCGGUCAUUUAUUACCUGGAUCAUUUUUCCUAUGUUUUGGAUUUUGGUGGACAUACGCUCUGUUUGAGCGAUACUUCAAAGUAUUGGUUGACUCGACUCUUAGUAAAACACCGAAACAAUUUAAUUGUUCGGCCAGUUAUUCAAAAAUCGAGGGUUUCAUUAAGAUUAUUAGCGCUAUAAUUGGUAUUACCUGUGAAUUUGUGACGGCUUUGGAUAAGAAUUAUCGCUUUGUUAAUAUGGGUAUUGUCGAUCUAUUGGUUUAUUAUGGAUAUCCGCUGCCAAACGGUUCCGAUUAUAUGUCUCUUCUGAUGGCAGCGAUGGUUGAGGCGCUUCUCUUCACUUUCCAUCUUCACGGAAGGUUUGAAAAGGUUGGGUUUAUAUUAUAUCCUCCGUUCUCAAGCGGUCCCCCAGAAGAAAUAUCGGUCAAUUCUUAUAAACAACAACUUCUAUUCAAGUGA